AUGGAGACAGUGAGCCAGCUCGUGGUCUCCAGCGUGGUGGCUGGAAUGGCUGCACUGGCACGUCGUGCACGACAGCUUCUCAUCGUCACCACUGACAGCCACCGGCAUUGCACCUUUGCUGUGAUUGAGUGCUGCCAGCACGUGGCCCCACCUCAACCUGCCACAUCAUCAUCACUAUCCCCGACACUGCCAUCUUCAACCACAACUGCUGCUGUUUUCCGCCACCUCAUCGUCUGCCAGCGAAGCAUCACACCGCGGCCACAGCCGUCACUGCACGCUGCCGGUUUCAAGCAGCUCACUGCGCUGGAUGCUGUUGGCUCGUGGACCACCACACCGUGCGGCAGCAAGGAGGUGGCCAUCGUGUUUCUGGUUGGCAUGCAUGUGCUGGCCGACGUGGCGCAGGAGCGGUUCAGGGACUACGACAAUGACUCUGUGCCGUUUAUGAAGAACAUUCUCCAACACGCAAACAACAGGCAAUACCGCAUGCUGCGCGGCCUGAUGGGCGUGUCUGUUUGCAAGGACAUGUUUGCGCCGGAUGCACACGACUUCAUGCGCAUUAUGCAAGCCAGCGCCGCCCAGAUUGAGGAGGAUGAUCCACAACCCUCAUACAUCCACACAAGGGUGCCCGGCUCCCGCGAAUCGCCCAACACCAGCGCGACCGAGAACUGCAUCUCCGUCUUUGUCAAGAUUGCACGCAACCGAGCACACGGCCUCUCAGAGAAGACGACGAUGAAGCAAAGUACAUCUUCACAUACCUCGUCGAGGUCCUCCAAGCUCGGCAAGAUCCCACGCGUGACCGCGCCUGAGAGCCCGGUGAAGAUUGUGCGGGCGUUUGUUUGUGCAGAUGAUUGGCACCCCGGCGGCCGCCGUCGACGAGCCCCACUGCCAGGGCAUGUACACAGCCUCAUGAACAUGCAGGAUUCGCCUGCCCACGGGGUGGUGGGGCAGUUGAUGCAGGAUCCUGAGGUGCACGCCCGCGUGCAGCGCGCUGUUAAGGCGCUUGGCUCGUCCGCGUAGUCGCCAUGUUGUGAUGUGUCGUGUCAACUUGUGCACAAGUUGAACGAAUGGCUGGAUGUCUGUCGAUUCCUCUGUCGCAUUCCUCUUGUUGCUCUCUUCCCUUGUCUUCUUCUCUUCUCUUCUUGUUCUUCUCUUCUCUUCUGUUCUUCCCUUCCUUCACUCUCCUUCUCGCCUGCUUGCUUGCUUGCUUGCUUAUGUCACGCCCUUCUUGUGCUUGCCUGUUCUUUUCAUUGUAUGGCGCUGUGUACGGCUGAACACGUUCUUGGUGUGGUUGGUGGAUGUGUGCUGCUGCUGCUGCUGUG